AUGGUCAACAGGCUACAGGAAAGCAAGAUUUUGCAUGCAUUCUAUCCAUUGCACGAUGAGCAAAUUCUGUGUGAACUGGGAACUCGCUGGCAUUCUUAUAGGAAUUUGAGCUUACAGCCCAUUGACUCGAUUUAUAGAUAUUUCGGUGGUUCUGUUGCCAUGUACUUCAGUUUUCUUGAAUUCUUUACCUGUUCGUUGAUGCCAAUAGCAGCCUUUGGUACCGCAGUGGUUGCUCUAUCAAUGGACACAAUUGACAAGUGCAUCCUCUUUUCAUUUUUCAACAUUAUUUGGUCGACUGUGGUCAUGGAGUUGUGGAAACGCCACAGUUCCAUUCUGUCAUACACCUGGGGCACCAUGCAGAUGAACAGCCAGUUUGAGGAGCCCCGUGUGGGUUAUAAAGGCCCAAUGGCAACAAAUCCGAUCACCCAUCGCUACCAGCCCUACUAUCCUGCAUGGAAACGCAAAGUGAAAAUUUGGUGUGUUUCAGUGCCAGUACUGUGUUUGUUCCUGAGCCUCUCUCUGUUUGGGAUGUUUAUUUUCUUCAGGGCAGAGGCAUGGGUCAAGACCUAUCACAGUGAACACGAUGGCUGCUGGGCCUGUGCAUUAUACCUACCGAGCAUUCUUCACACUCUUUAUGUUACUGGCAUGAACAGUCUGUACAAAGUGGUUGCUGAGGUACUCACUGAAUGGGAAAAUCAUCGUUUAGAAUCAUCCUUUCAAAACCAUUUGACAAUCAAAGUGUUGGUGUUUCGCUUUGUCAAUUGUUUUGCUGCGCUGUUUUACAUCUCACUCUACCUCCAGGACCUGGAGCUCCUCAGAAAGAAACUUGCAUCACUCCUCGUUCUGACUCAGAUCAUCAAUCAACUCAUAGAGACGUUGGUGCCCUAUCUCUACCAGACCCUUAAAGGAAAAGGGGCAGGUUUGAAGAAAAAGACAAUGGAAAAUGCACCAGAAAUUGACAAAAUCAAAUUACAAGGACAGAUGCCGUCAUUUCCUGGGAUGUUUGAUGAGUACAUGGAGCUUUUUGUUCAGUUCGGUUAUGUCAGCCUGUUCUCCUGCAUUUACCCUUUGACGGCCAUACUGAUUGUGGUGAACAACGUCACAGAAAUCCGAACGGAUGCGAUGAAGCUCUGUCAUCUCUUUAGAAAACCUUUCAUCACACCAGCAGCAAACAUAGGGGCAUGGCAGACUGCAUUUGAGAUGAUAGGAUUCUUGUCAGUCAUCACCAACUGUUUUCUAAUUAGCAUUUCCCCUCAAGUAGAAGAGUAUUGUGCAGAAAAUAAUAUAACAUCCAAGAAUGCGUUGAUCUGGACGGUUGGCAUUGAGCAUGCUUUGUUGACCAUAAAGAUCAUUUUAGCCUUCAUUAUUCCUGACGUUCCUCAGUGGGUGAAGCUGAAGAUUGAGAGAGUUGAAUAUCAGUCACUCCAAGCCCUCAAGCACAAGUUGGCUGAAGUAGAUAAAGAUCACAGCAGAGGAAUGGCAGAGAAAGAAACGCUUUCUGAUGGAACUACAGAGUUCAAUUCUGCAGACAGCUCACUGUAUAUAAGCAACAAGCAGCUGAACUUAUUGUAACCAUUCUGUUAUGAUGUGCAAGUGAAAUACAGUUCUAUAAACAUAGAGUAACCCCAGCUCAGAAACUAUCUCUGUCCCUCCAUCAUUUAUUUGCACGGAACUUAUAUUUGCUUUGUGGAUAAUCCCGCAGCUCCUUUGUUAUUUUGUGGAUUCCCUCUAACUGCACAAAUAAAUAUGUAAACCAGUCACUGAUAAAUUACACUUCUCACAGCAGAAACCAUGGCUUGCACUUGUAUUUUCGGCUUUGUCUCUUGAUUAAAGCAAUAACCUUUCACAAAUAUAAAUCAUCACAGCCAGGGGCAACACACAUCAAUGGUCUGGACAGAGAGGGUGGCAGGAAAAUUGGUUUCUCUUUUACAAAUAAGAUCCUGUUUAUUUAAAAGAUUAGCACAAAGUCCUCAUUAUUUCCAGAUAAUUGGCACAAAUACCAUCCUACCUAGUGAGAUUUUGUUCCUAUUGCCUUUCUAUUUUGAGUGCUUCUCUGCAUGGCUAUGAGAUGAAACAUUAAAACAGCAAGUUUUUCAUGAAAGUAUAGCAUUGCAGAAGUUGAAUGGUCUAAUCAGUGAUAGUUUAGCAUACUGUCCAGCCCUCUUAUCCACAGUUGGUCCUAUCUGACAGUUGUGAGACCUUUCAUUAUGACCCUGACUGAUCAUAAUAUCUUUGCCUGGGACUCACUGAUAGAUGGUUGGGUUACUUACCCUGUGAAACUGAGUGAUAGUCACAGGCCUCAUACUGAGGCAAGCUGGCUGUAACCUUUACCAUGUGGCAAUCUGACUGUGGUUCAAGCUCCUUGCUGUAUGGCUCUCUGACCAUUUAUUAGUCUCUCGUAUAUUAUCAUUGCUUCAAGCUGAUAUACACAGAAAUGGACAACUUCAUGUCAGCAAGAAUUAGUGCUAUUGGCCACAGUCUAUCUCUUGAUGUUAAAACUGACUUUCACACACACACCCAUUGCAUGUUACUUUUUGGAAAUGUAGAUCAUUCAGACUCAGUGGUUUAAGGAUUCUAAUCUAUUCUUUCUAACACAUCCUCUGCAAACCAUGGAAAGUGGAUACGAACUUUACAAGAUUGAUGCCUGAUAAAUAUGACAUUGCAGGGGAUUCAACAUUGAAUAAAGAAGGUUGUGCCCCUUUUAAAAUGUUUGAUGCAUGUAACGCAUGGGUCGUUUAUUUAUUAUUUUUGCAAUACUAUUAUUGUGUAUAUAUGGAGUGGGGAUGAAUGUUCUCAUGUACAGUAUUUCAUCAAAAACAAAACACAAAGUAAAGUCCAUUAUUUUCUCAGUGAAUUUCAUGUGAUUUUAUUCUAAUGUUAACAUUUCUGACAUUUAGCUCAUUUGAAAAGGCUCAGGAAAUACAUAGACUAUUGUUUUUAGAAUAGGGCUAUAAGGACACUGGGAUAUUUAUUUCAAAGAUACUUUUUGGAAGUCACAUAGUUUAAGCAAUUUCCUUGGAUUUAUUUACUGGAAAUCACAUGCCUGGAUUAUGGCUUUAUAUUUGGUAUUGCUUAGAGCUCCAUUGGAGUACAUACUACUGAGAAAUAGAGAGAGAGAGAAAAGCUGUUCAAGCCCAUCCUCUUCCUUUCUGAGAAACCUCUUUUGGAGUUUCCAGUGUGAUAACUGAAACCCUCAGAGAUAGCAAGAACUGCAGAUGCUGGCGUCAGAGUCAAUACAGUGUGGGCUGA